GAGAGAGAAAGCAAGGACUAAAAGAGUGUUCUUUUUUGUUUAGUCGAGCUCCCCCUUCUCUUAACCGUUCAUAGCCUCCAAAGUAACCCACCAGGAAAAUGGAAAUAAACUCCAGCCCAACUCUUACAUUGACCCAUGGCCAAGUACCCGAGGGUACUCCACGUCGCUCUGCAAAUUUCCAUCCGAGUGUUUGGGGAAAUUAUUUCCUUGCCUAUGCUUCUGUAGCCAUGGAACCAGAUGUUAAAACGAAGCAAAGAAUUGAGCAGCUCAAAGAAAAAGUCAGAGAGAUGAUAGUGGCAAGUGCUGAUAAACCUUCACAAAAGUUGAGCUUGAUUGAUGCAAUUCAACGCCUAGGCGUAGGAUACCAUUUCGAAACAGAGAUUGAGACAACAUUACAGCACAUAUAUGAAACCUAUCAUGAAAUGGCCAACGAUGAAGAUCUUUACACUGUGGCUCUCUCAUUUCGAGUGCUUAGACAGCAAGGGCAUCCUGUCUCCUGUGAUGUGUUUAACAAAUUCAAGAACAAUGAAGGAAAAUUUCAAGAAUAUGUAAAAGGUGAUGUGCGAGGAUUGAUAAGUUUAUACGAAGCUACACAUUUGAGGGUUCAUGGAGAAGAUAUAUUAGACGAAGCACUGGAUUUUACGACCACACACCUCAACUCCGCGGUACCCAACUUAAACAAUGCUAUUGCAGCACAAGUAGUUCAUGCUCUAAAUCAACCCAUCCACAAGGGCCUGACAAGACUCGAGGCACGCCAUUACAUCCUCUUCUAUGAACAAAAGGAUUCCCACAACAAAGCUCUAUUGGAUUUUGCGAAAUUGGAUUUCAACCACUUGCAAAAGUUGCAUCAGAAGGAGCUAAGUGAAAUUACAAGGUGGUGGAAAAAUUUGGACUUUGCAAAUAAACUACCUUUCGCAAGAGACAGAUUGGUGGAGGGCUACUUUUGGAUAUUGGGAGUGUAUUUUGAGCCCCAAUAUAUUCUUGCUCGGAGGAUUAUAACUAAAGUGUUUUCCGUGACUUCAAUUAUUGAUGACAUUUAUGAUGUCUAUGGUACCUUGGAAGAACUUGUGCUCUUCACUGAUGCAAUUCAAAGGUGGGAAAAAAAUGCCUUGGAUCAACUGCCAGAGUACAUGAAACUGUGUUAUCAAGCACUAUUGGAUGUUUACAACAUGAUUGAUGAAGAAAUGGCCAAGGAAGGAAGAUCAUAUCGUGUCAAUUACGCAAAAUCUGAAAUGAAGAAUUUAGUUAAAGCAUACUUUGAGGAAGCCAAAUGGUAUCACGAAGGCUAUGUUCCAAGCAUGGAAGAGUAUAUGAGAGUUGCACUUGCAACCAGUGGUUACAAAAUGCUUGCAACAACUUCCCUCGUUGGCAUGGGGGAUUUGGUGACCAAAGAAGGAUUCAAAUGGUUGUCAAGUGAUCCUUUAAUUCUUGAAGCUGCAUCCGUGAUUUGCAGACUCAUGGAUGAUAUGGCUAGCCACAAGCAUGAGCAAGAGAGAGGCCACGUAGCCUCAGCAGUUGAAUGCUACAUGAAACAACAUGGUGUCGCAGAAGAAGAGGUUUAUGUUGAAUUUAAGCAAAGAGUUACAAAUGCAUGGAAAGACAUGAACGCAGAGUGCCUCCACCCGACUGCGGUCCCGAUGCCUCUCCUCGCCCGAGUUCUCAAUCUUGGACGGGUGAUCAAUCUUGUAUACAUGGGUGAAGAUGGGUACACCAACUCCGGAAAAAGGCUGAAGCAGUGUGUAACGUCCGUGCUUAUCGAUUCUGUUCCGAUCAAUUAGCAAAUAGUUAUCUUAAUCGUAACCAAUUUAUUCACGAGUGCCGUGAAAUGUUUUAUUUUUUAUUUCCAAAGUAUUUUCCUCUUCAAUCGCCGGAAUGAGUGUGAACUUGGCUCAGAUGUGUUCCGGCCGGGGUAAAGAAUAAAGAUGUCUCUCUGAUAUCUAUGUCCAUUGUACCGUUGUAAUAUUGGGCCCUUUUAUUAAGGAAAUUCGGUUUUAUAUACCUAAGUACGAUUGUGAACCUCAUAGUACAAUGAUCCUUGGAAAAAAAAG